CCCAGUUUUACUUUAUUAACUUGUAUCUCGCCCCAAAUUCUACUUCCUGGAUGUCAUUUCCCUGUGCUAGCCCCCCUCCUGAUUGCACAUGUCUUCACUUACAGGCGUGUCUGUCUUUGGUUUUAUAUGUGGUGUCUGUUGUGUUCUUCAGUAACCUCACUUGUGUGCUGCCUGCCUGUUUCUUGGAUUCAAUUUGCAAUUUUUUCCAGCAUUUGGAUUUUGUUUGGACUCUUCAUAUUUGGAUUUUCCAACUUCCAAAAUAAAGAACAGACCACAGCGUACAAUUACGACGAAUACGAAAAUGGUUUCGGCGACUACAGUCCUACCAAUUUCAGUGAUGUACAGGGCUUCAGCCAAGUGUUUCUAACCACUCUCUAUAGUUUGGUUUUCACCUUGGGCUUCAUAGGUAAUGGACUAGUGGUGUAUGUCGUGGUGAAGCACCGCAACCAGAGCAACUUGACAGACAUCUGCCUCUUCAACCUGGCUCUCUCUGACCUCCUCUUCGUCUUCACGCUGCCUUUCUACUCUCACUAUGCCAGGGUCGGCCAGUGGACUUUUGGAGACUUCAUGUGCCAUUUGUUGUCCGGCUCUCACCAGACUGGCUUCUUCAGCAGCAUCUUCUUCAUGGUUGUCAUGACGCUGGACCGUUAUGUGAUCAUUGUGCACGCUCACAGGGUUGCACGUUAUCGCACAAUGAGGGCAGCCAUCAUUCUGACCGUGCUUGUUUGGAUGCUGAGCUUGUUUGUCUCUCUGCCAGAUUUUAUCUUCACACAGGAAAUAAAGAAAGAUUCUCAGAAGAAUAGAUGUAGCUAUCCCGAGGACAGCAAAGUCUGGGAACGUUACAACCUGUUCACCACAAAUGUGCUGGGUCUCGUGAUUCCCUUGCUGGUGAUGGUAGGUUGCUACUCCAGGAUCAUCCCCACACUGGUAAACAUGAGGACCGCAAAGAAGCACCGCAUCGUCAAGCUGAUCAUCUGUAUAGUGGUUGCGUUCUUCUUGCUCUGGGCUCCAUAUAACAUUUCCCGUUUCUUGAAGUUUCUUCAGGAAAAAGAGAAAAUCCCAGGUAUUGACACCUGGGACAAAAAUAUAAGGCUGUCAGUGGUAGUAACUGAGGCCUUUGCUUACACUCACUGUUGCCUGAAUCCCAUCAUAUAUGCGUUUGUGGGACAGAAGUUUACGAGAAGAGCCUUGAAGCUGCUGAAAAAUUUUGUGCCUGGCAUCAGGAAUCUUUCAGACAGCUCAUUCAGGAGAAGCUCAGUUAUUUCCAAGUCCUCUGAAGUCACCUCCACUUAUAUCAUGUAGAAGUUGUAGGGCAGAUUGUUUGACAUGAAUGUUUUACCCUGUUAUUACUGCAGACCAUAUCUUAUUCAUGUUUCAUUGAUUUGUUUUGUUAAUUUGGUCACUCCCACUUGCCACAUAGCAGUUUUCUUCACCUGUGUCUCACCAUGUUGAAUUUUCAGUAUUGUUUUGACUGUAAGAUUUCAGAUUUAAAGGCUCAUUACUUCUGAAAUGAUUGUAACCUGCCAGCACUGCUGUCAGCUUUACAGAUUCUCAAGUCCUUUCUAAACUAUGUAAUAAGUUUUUCUGCUGAUGGUGUAAAUUGAAACAAUUUUCUUCAUGCAUGUUUUUAUUCAACGGCUAUGUAGGAUAAACAUAUCGAAAAAGAAAACAAGGCAGAAAACAAACCAAAUAUGACAUAAUGGAACAUUUAAUACUUGUGUGCAUAAAGCGUUUCAUUCAAAUGUAUGCAAAUACAGUGCUAGGUGUUAAAAGUACAUUUUCACGUUCCUUCUUACAUCAUUUAUGGUAUUUGACAAAUGAUGUGCAACAAACUUUCCAGUGUGUAUUUUUGUGUCAAUUUUGUAUAUGUAUGUACAGUAUGCAGUAUAGAGUUUUAUAUAUUACAUUUUCUUUUUUUGCUUCAGUGAUUAUUGCAGGUAUUUCAGAGGUUAUACUAUAUAUGUAUUAUCUUGCUUUAAUGUACACAUUUGUUAUGUUUUUUUUUGGUUGCUGUUGUUUUGUUUGAUUUUGAUUCCUUGGCUUUGCAAUUUCUUUACCAGCUAAAGUGAUUACAUUCUGCAAUACUCAUCUCUCAUCCUGAUUUUACAUGGUAGUUUCCUUAAGACAGUCACUGAUAUUGCAUAUUUUGAGUAUAAUAGUGUGUAUUGAGCAUGAUCUCCUAUAUUUCCCUUUGUAACUGUAAAGACAAAUUCCUUACAUAGUUAUGAAAAAAGAGAUUAUUAAAAAAAAAAGACAAGAUAUGAUGUGAGACAGUUCCUAAUUUAUUUAUUUGAUACUUAACUGUUUGCCACCAUAGAACAGUGGUGUCGUCUGUUAUAGGGGACCAUUAGUGGAAG